AUGUCCGUCAACGUGCUGACCAACACGGCGAUCAAGGAGAAGGACAUUAACCAGAAGCUGCAACUUUAUGGCAUCUACCAAGCUUUCGCUAAUGGAAAGGUCCCAUCGAACCAACAGAUCGAUAUCGCACUAAACAGCUUUUUGGAGUCAAAGGCUCUCGCAUCACCCUCAAAGAAACUGUCAUCUGAAGGUCAAAGCCUCGUUGCUGAUGCCAAGGAAGUUGUCAAGCAGGCAAAGUUUCUCCUCCUCAGCAAAAACGAGGGAGAGUUGUUGCAGGACUUCAUCUGGGAUACCCAACAUAUCGAUGGCUCGACAGCCAAGUUGCCUGGUGCCCCAACAGACAAGGCCACUGCCCAACAGCAUGGCAACGAGGCACUUGAUGGCUUGAAAACCCUGGGAAGAUUGAUUCUUUCCAAUGGCCAGUUCCGCAAGCUUCUUUCCGAUGCUUCAAUCCUCGCCCGUGACAUGGCUGGCGAUGCAGCUUCAAAAGCGGCGAACAAAGUAAACCCAUCCGAGGACCAGCUACAACAGAUUGAUCAUCCAGCCGAAGACAACACAUGGCAUGACGUUCCCGAUCUCUCUAGGGACAACCUCAAAACCCAGGCUCGCUCAGCUUUUGACAAGAAUUCUCCUGUCAGCAGAGAACAGGCUCAGAACAUUGCCCAAGACUCUGCUCAACAAGGGCGGGAUGCAGCCCAAUCUCAUCCUUCGCAAGACCCCCGUGAUGCAGGUCGCGCCGGUCUUGGCCAAGCUGUCGAUAAUCUGAAAGCUCAAGCCCAGGCCAACAUUCCCGACGAACAACAAGAAAAUGCGAAAAAGGCAAAGAGUGUCGCAAUUCAAAACACUAAAAACUAUAUCGGACAAAAGAUGCCCCAAGAACGCCGCGAGCAAACUAUCUGGCGUUUGAAGAAGAUGGUCGUGGAAAUCCAAGGCCACUCAGACUAUCAACAAGCAAUUGACACAUUACUCUCGCUCGCUGAGACAUAUGGCGGUCACGCCACUGACGUUACGGCUCAAUCGAAAGGAGCUGUCAAAGGUGCCCACACUGACAACGAACUCAAAUCUGCUGAAGCUAACCUCAAGACUUUGAUUGAACGUUUCGCCAACUCCACCAGCACCGAUGAUUUCUUCGAUGCCUUGAAUCAAAUUUACCGAGAUGCCGAUCGUGAUCCUGAGCUUAAGAACUGGUUCAAGUCACUUGACAACUUCAUCCGCAGAACACUCAAAGAGCAAGGAUUCAUCCUUCAAGACAGCUCCAACGACGAGUGGAAUCGUCUCUACGACCAAGGUCGAUUCCUGCUCCGUGACCGCUAUCGUGAUCAUACUGACCGCAUUCUUGACGAGGUUAAGUUCCUCGGCGAACAAUUCGACCAGGACCCACAGAACAAGGCAUUUGCCGACGCCGUCACCAAACUUUUCUUGGAUCUCGGCAAUGAUGAGAACGGUAAGGCUACAUUCAAGCCUCAUCUCAUCAAGGAUCUUACAGAGGUCAUCAUUCCUGCCAUCUUUGAGAAUACUCGUUAUGUUCCAAUUCCUCGCAUCGAGGUGUCGGAUCCUAUGAUCGAUGCAGUCGUGGAGAACUUGGUAAUUGAGAGUGAUAACCUCUUCCCCAACUCUGUCGAGUUUGGCAGCGACAAUUAUUGGCGCUUUGGCCGCAAGUCCAUCAGAGGCAAGCGGGAUAAUAAGGUUAUGAUCUCCGCGUCUGGGUGCCAGAUGGAUUUGAAAGAUGUUGCAUACUACAUCAAGAGGAAGCAAGGGUUUCCUUCGAUCACAGACAAGGGUGUCAUGGACAUCUUCCUAGGUGGCGAAGGUUUCAGCUUCAAAAUUGCUGCACGCAAUGCACAGAAAUCUGAUCGUACCCACUUCAUCGUUGUGGACAAGGUUGAUGUUACGAUCAAGAAUUUGAGCAUCAAGGUGAAACAAUCCAAUCACAAGUUGCUGUUUUCGAUCGCGAAGCCACUGUUGUUGAAGGCAAUGCGACCAGCCAUUCAAAAGGUUUUGGAGAAGCAAAUCAAAGACAGCUUCGAGAAAGUCGACACUUUUGCCUGGGGUGUUUACCAAGAUGUCCAACGUGGUGUUGAGGCCGCGAAGAAAGAUCCCGAGAACGCGCCAAACAUCUAUCAAUCUUAUGUCAACUCUUUCCAGAAGCAGUUCACGGAGAAGAAGAAGAAGGCGGAGGCCGUUGCAUCCAAGACUAGUGUCAAUGUUGCCAUCACCCAACAAGAUUCCAUGUUCAAGAACAUCUCUCUUCCCGGUGGCAUCUCUUCUAAAGCAACUGAGUAUAAACAACUCGCUGCCAAGGGAGACCGAUGGGAGUCACCAGUGUUCAGCAUUGGCAGCGCCAAACCAUCCUCCAACAUCCCCAAACUUGCCCAGGUGCAGAGAAAGUCGCACAACACCACCACUGCUGCUAUCCGUGGAGGUAAUCACCCCAAUGCCCAUAGUGGUACCUCCCAAGGAGGUCUUGGAGGUGUUCCUCAGGGCGGCCUUGGAGGUUCUGGCUAUGGCACUGGUGCUGGCUAUGACACUGGUGCCGGUAGCACUGGAGCAGGAUAUGGUGCCCCUCUUCCCCAAACUGGCACAGGUGGUUAUGGAACAUCUUCUGCCAUUCCUGGUCAAGGUGCCGGAGCUGGCCAAGGACUCGGCAGCGGCGUUACUGGAACUCAGCUCGGUGGACAAAUCCCAGGCUCUGGUGCAGGAUUCAGCAACCAAGUCGACCAAGCUUUUGGUACUAACCAAGGUGUUGUUGGCUCAGGCCUCGGUGGAAACACCAACACCCAGACCUAUCAUGAUAACGUCACCCGUCAGUAA